AGCAAAUUGCAUUUCAAGUCUUUUGGGUUUAUACAGCACAGAUAAAGGCGGCAGCGGCAGCAGCAGACCACCCUACCUUUUCCCCUCUCCACCUCCCGCAAGCAAACUCACGGCACCGCCCCCGCACCCACUGUCCUCUAGCUUCUUCCUCCCCGCUUUCAUGGCAGGAAAGGCUGAGGCGAUGAUGCCCAUAGGCCAUCCAGUUUGAUCCAUGCCAUCCUGGACCUCUAUACAUACUGCCUCAGCCCGGGCACUCGCGAUCUCUACUUCUCUACCGCCGCUGUGCCUGUGCUAGCUCCUCUCUCUGCUUCUGCUUUUGCCUCACUCAGCCUGCUGCAAGCUUUUGCUUUGGUUUAGGUGCUUCUUUUGCAUUCCUUUACUGUUCCCCCCCCACUUUCGCUCGCUUUGCCACGCACACGAAAAGCUCCUGCCUUUACCUUCUCGGACCUUAUCUCCGCCCCGUAGUGGGAUUUGGUGGGAGCUGCGCUGCAGCUGCUUGCCCCCUCGCGUUUCUUUGCUCAAUUGGGGGGGUCACAGCCCGCGGGUGUCGCGCGUGCUCGUGGGCGGAAUUCGGUGUUCUUGCUUGCGCGGUCCUCGUCCCCGUCCCCUUGGCGCGAUUGCGGUUGCGGACGCUCGCUGCAGAUCUUCGCGCGACUCCGGGAGCGCCGGAGAUGGACUGCGGGCCGCCCGACCAGCUGCCGCCGUCGUCGGCGCCGGCGUGCUUCCUCAACCUCAACUGGGACCAGUCCAUGGCCGCCGCCACGGCUGGCGACCACCUCGACCUGGUCUCCUCCCCGGCGUCCAACUCGACGGCGGCUGACGGCCUCGCUCUCCACGGGAUCUCGCCGCAGCCGCAGUACGGAGGCACUCCGCUCAGCUCGCCCCGCAAGCUGAACCUCUCCAUGAUGGGCCAGUUCCACCACUACCCGCCGAUGGGCCAUCUAGACCAGUUCCUCGCCGACCCAGGCUUCGCCGCGCGCGCGGCGAGGCUCUCCGGCUUCGACGGCCGCCCCGGUGGGAGUGGCUACGGCGGCGCCGUCCCGGGACAGUUUGGCCUCCCCGACGCCGGCCCCAUCGGCGGCGCAUUGAGGGAGCUGGAGCUCGGGAACGGCCGGGACGAGUCAUCGGUGUCCGAUCCGGCGUCCGCCAGCGCCGAGAUGGCGCUCAAGGCGCCUUCCGAUGGCAAUGCGAAGAAACGGAAGGCUAGCGGGAAGGGGAAAGGCAAGGACGGCCCCGGGUCCACCGCCGCCACCAAGGUACGCGCACAAUUGCGUUGCUCUGGUUCCCCAAUUCCCCCACCCCACGCGGCCACGCGGUUCAGGUCCGGGGCAAAAAGGUUUCACUCCGGGCGCGUUCCGCAGGAGGAGUCCAGUGGGAAACGGUGCAAAUCGGCGGAGGAGAGCAAUGGCGCGGAGGAGAACUCCGGCAAGGGUAAGGCCGCCGCGCAGAGCAACAGCGACAACGGUGGGAAGAAGCAGGGGAAGGACGGCGCGUCCAAGCCUCCGGAGCCGCCCAAGGACUACAUCCACGUCCGGGCGAGGCGCGGCGAGGCGACAGACAGCCACAGCCUCGCUGAGAGGGUGAGAAGGGAGAAGAUCAGCCAGCGGAUGAAGCUUCUGCAGGAUCUCGUCCCGGGCUGCAACAAGGUGGUCGGCAAGGCGGUGAUGCUGGAUGAAAUCAUAAACUACGUGCAGUCCUUGCAACGGCAAGUCGAGUUCCUGUCCAUGAAACUGGCCACCGUGAAUCCCCAGCUGGACUUCAACAACCUGCCUAACCUCCUUCCUAAAGAUAUGCACCAGUCCUGCGGCCCGCUGCAGAACUCGCAUUUCCCGCUGGAGACCUCAGGCGCGCCGCUGCCAUACCUCAACCAGGGGAACCCUCUAAUAGGCUGCGGCCUACCCAACGGCAUGGACAACAGCCAGAGCUCCAUGCACCCGCUCGACCCGGCGUUUUGCCGGCCGAUGAGCUCGCAGCAGCACCCUUUCCUCAACGGUGUCAGCGACGCAGCGUCCAAGGUCGGGACUUUCUGGCAAGAUGACCUUCAGAGCGUAGUCCACAUGGAUAUGGGGCAGCAGAGCCAGCAGGAGAUGGCUCCCACCUCCUCCAACAGCUACAACGACGGUUCGUUGCAAACAGUGCACAUGAAAAUGGAGCUUUGACGUAGCUAGCUGAAGAAGUCCAGCCCAAAGCUUCGACGCCUCCUCCCCCCCUGUAUAUACAGAACAGAGAGGGAGAGAGAGGAGGACCAGCCUGCAGCGGAAAAAAGCACUCUUGAGAUUCCCCACCCCACUGGUGUGAUGAUUCUUUGGACAGAGAUGUGAAAGAUCAAUCGCCACGCCGGCGGCCGGUCGAUCGCACCACCCCCGCCGCCUGUUGUUAGCCGCAAGAUCGCCGGCGACCAAACGCGGUGCAUCGCAUCCCCCGGUAUAUUCUCAGAUCAGACCUGAAUUCGUCUUCCUCUCAAGCGAGAGGGGGAAAAAAAGACCUGUAAUAUCAUUUGUAUCGCCAUUAUAUUUGUAGCUGAUUAUAUAUAAAUAUAUAAAAUAUCAUCCCUCGUAUUCCUGUCA